AUGUGGUAUUUUUUCAUUUUGAUUAUAGGAUUUUUUCAACCUAUUCCUAUAUUAUCAUUAAAUGAAACAUGUUGGCCAACAGCAAAUAAUUUAACAUGUGUUUUAAAUGAUUUACUUUUUGGAUAUAAUAAAAUAUUGAGACCUAAUCAUACUGGAGAUCCAAUUCAUGUUCAAGUGUAUUUAAUGAUUAUUACUCUCGGACCUAUUGUCGAAUUAGAUAUGUCAUUUACAAUGAAUUUAUUCUUUCGUCAAAUUUGGACUGAUGAACGUCUUACAUUACCUAAUAAAAUAUCAAAUGUAGCUGUGUCAACAAAAUUACUUAGUGCAAUAUGGAAACCUGAUACAUAUUUUAUGAAUUCUCAUUCUGGUUAUCUUCAUACAACACCAACACUUAACCAUCUUUUACGUAUUCUUGAAAAUGGUCGAUUAUUAUAUUCAAGUCGAUUAACAAUUAAAUCUUAUUGUUCAAUGGUAUUACAAAGAUUUCCAUUAGAUGUUCAAACAUGUUCAUUAAUUUUAUCAAGUUAUGCUUAUGGAACACGUGAUGUUAUUUAUGAUUGGAAACUUGAUGAACAUAAUGGUGUCGAAUUAGAACGCUUAAAAUUAUCUCAAUUUGAUUUAUUUAAUUAUAAAAUUUCAAAAAGAGAAAUUCAACUAAAUGAACGAAAUCAUUCUGUACUUCAACUUGAUCUUCAAAUGCGUCGUAGUGUUGGUUAUUAUUUAUUACAAGGUUAUAUUCCAGCAUCUUUACUUGUCAUUUUAUCUUGGAUAUCAUUUUGGAUUGAUAGUGAAGCAACGGCCGAUCGAGUUUAUAUUGGUAUUACUUCUAUACUUAGUCUUACAACACUUGCACUUGAUAUUCGCUCACACAUUCCAGCUGUACCUUAUUUAACUGCUAUUGAUUAUUUUUUUAUAAUUUGCUAUUUAUUUUUACUUGCUUCAUUAAUUCAAUACACUGCUGUUCAUCGUUAUCUUGAAUAUGGUCAUUCAUUAACUAAUACACGUGCUAGUGAAGAUUUAUGUGAAUCAUCAAGACAACGAAAUAUGUCAAUUGCAUCUCGUUCGUCAAAUUUAUUUGCAUUAAGAUCUAGUCGUGUAGCAAAAGUUCGUUCAGCACAACAUGCCCGUCGUUCAACAUUGGCUGUUGUUGCCCAAGGUUUACUUUUUUUAACACGAAAAGCACCAUUGCAUAAACUUGAUCGUCUGGCACGCAUUGGAUUUCCAGUUUUAUUUAUUGUUUGAACGACAUCAACCUCUACAUCAACAACAACAACAACAGGAACGACAUCAACCUCUACAUCAACAACAACAACAACAACAGGAACGACAUCAACCUUUACAUCAACAACAACAACAACAACAGGAACGACAUCAACCUCUACAACAACAACAACAGGAACGACAUCAACCUCUACAUCAACAACAACAACAACAACAGGAACGACAUCAACCUCUACAUCAACAUCGACAACAAUAGCAACGAGUACUUUGGCGUCGACAACAACAACAACAGGAACCUCAUCAACCUCUACAUCAAGUACUUCGUCAUCAACGAGUACAAUGACGACAACGGCUACCACGGUUUAUACUCCUGAUGGUUGCAGAAAUUCAUCUCAAGUGGCGUUAGCUAAUGGAACGUGUAUUUCCUCUAAUAGUGGACAGGAAUUGUCAGCUGGAAUAUUAAAUAAUGGUAACGGUAGUUCAGUCGAUUUAGCCAAUGCUCUUUCACUCUAUAUAUCGUCAAGUGCUAGUUCGAAUUUAUCAAGCACCUCUAAUAGUACUGUCACGAUCAAUAAAAUUGAUGAGGUGCUUGAUAAACUCAAUAAUGUCAGUAUCACAGUGAAUUCAACGAACUCGUUUCUGUUUGCUCAAGAAUUGAACAAAACUAGUGACGAUAUUGUGUUGGGUGCUAGAUUUCAACGCGAGUCAGGUGGCCGACUCGUUACGAAUUCAACUGAACAAGAUGCAUUAAAUUCUCAGUUUUCCGCUGCUGCUAUAAUUUCUAAGGAAUCUCUAGAAAAUGUCACAUCUCUGAAAAUGUUUAUCAUUGAUAAACCAACCAUGUACAAAGAUGUCGACAAUUCAACGAAUAAGUCUCUGGCAUCAUCAUUAAUUGUCGGCUCAGUGACACGCAUUGGUUCUCGAUCAAAUGCAAUGAAUAUUUCUUUAUAUUUCAAAGUUUUACCAGAAUAUCAACCAAAUGUAAGUGCUGCAUAUCUAUGCUCAUUUUAUGACACCAAUAGUUCGCGUUGGGAUGAAACAGGUUGCAGUAAUCCUCGUUUUAACGAAAUAUUUGGUCGAUAUGAAUGUAAUUGUAAUCAUCUAACGUCUUUUGCUCUCAUUUGGCUACCACAAUCAUUAUUAGGAUCAUAUGGGCGGACUCUACGAGCAGCUGAUAUUGCAUCACUUGUAUUUCAAUCAGUGUCUGUUGUGUGCUUUUUAGUUAUUAUUAUUCAUGCUAUUUAUGUUCGAGUUUCUAAUCCAUUAAUGCAGUUUCAAGCCAAUAAUUUACUUCCACUAAUAUCAUGUGCGAGUACAACUAUUCUUUUUGUAUUCUAUAUUGCACUUGGGAUGACAGUAUAUACUAAAACAACAUCUGAAAAAGAAACGAAAUGCUUCUUAAGUUCAAGUGUAUUGAUGUUUUUCGUUUAUUUCUUUUUAAUUUUCAUGUUUUGUACCAAAACAAGUAUCGGUUAUUUUAAUUAUCUUCGGUUUGUGCAUCUCUUCCCACAACCAUCAUUGCGUCGACUAUUCAUUCUACUUCUAAUUUCAUUUUUUUUCUCGAUAACUUGGGUUUCUUUUGCAGCUGGGUUUAAUUCUAAUUCAUCGUUCAGUGUUACCCAAUUAUAUCCAUACAGACUUUGCUGGUUUACUCGGAAUGUUGUCUAUUAUUUUAUGACAAUACCAAUUUGUUUAUUUCUACUAGCGAAUUUCAUCACAAUCAUUUUUGUCGCUCAACAUAUUAUUAAUCAUGUUCGAAAUGCUACAUCUCCACAUCAAACAUAUGAACGAAUGAAACGAUGCAUUCUGGUUUUACUAUCAUCGUGUGUUACACAAGGUGUUGGAUGGCUAUUUGGUCCAUUUAUUUCAUUUGUUAGUCCAACAGCUGGGGAGGUUUUAGAAUGGUUUUUUAUCGUAUUCAAUGGAUUAGAAGGUGUUUGGUCUGUACUUCUCUAUCUUAUAAUUCGAUCACAACGAAUAGAUGAACAAAAACGUGUUACAGCUGCUGUUGAAAUUACGAGAUCAUCUAGUAUCAGAGCUAGCAGAUAUGAGAGACGGUCUGACAGGGAAGAUCGGAGACGAAGUAGUGCUAGAAUAAGAGAAGUGGAAGUUGUACAACGAAAUGUGCCUAGAAAAUCAGCAGAUGUAUCCAAUGAUCUAAGUGAUCGUAUAAGUAUUGAUUUACCAGUAAAUGAAAAGGAUAUUUCAUUAUUGUAA